GGUUGUGUUCUCACCGCAGCGGCUCAUCCUGGGCCCGGACCCGCGGGCGCAGAGCGCAUCCCGGUGGCACCUCCCCGUGGCGCAUCCGUCCAUCCAUCCCCGCGGUACAUCCAUCCCCGGGGCGGUCCCGGCCCCGCGGCGCUCCCCGCCCCGUACCGCCGCUCUCCGCUCCCCUCUGGCGCUGCGGGUCCCCGGCAGGCGGCGAGUCCCCCCGUUGUCCCCCCCGCCAUGCCCAAGCUGCUGCCGGCUCAGGAGGCGGCGCGAAUCUACCACACCAACUACGUGCGGAACUCACGGGCCAUCGGCGUGCUGUGGGCCAUCUUCACCAUCUGCUUCGCCAUCGUCAACGUGGUGGUCUUCAUCCAGCCCUACUGGGUGGGAGACAGCGUCAACACGCCCAAACCCGGUUACUUCGGGCUGUUCUCCUACUGCAUCGGCAACGCGCUCACCGGAGAGCUCAUCUGUAAGGGAAGCCCCCUGGAUUUCGGUACCAUCCCCUCCAGCGCCUUCAAAACAGCAAUGUUCUUUGUGGGCAUCUCCACCUUCCUCAUCAUCGGCUCAAUCCUCUGCUUCAGCCUCUUCUUCUUCUGCAAUGCUGCCACUGUCUACAAAGUGUGUGCCUGGAUGCAGCUAGCGGCAGCCACUGGGCUGAUGAUUGGGUGCCUCAUCUACCCUGACGGCUGGGACUCGAGCGAGGUGAAGCGCAUGUGUGGGGACAAGACAGACAAAUACACGUUGGGCGCCUGCACAGUGCGCUGGGCCUACAUCCUGUGCAUCAUCGGCAUCCUUGACGCCCUCAUCCUCUCCUUCUUGGCCUUUGUGUUGGGGAACCGUCAGGACAACCUCCUGCCAUCAGACUUUAAAGCGGAAAGCAAAGAGGAGGGCAAUGACGGUGCUGAUCACUGAGUGCUGCAGUGAUCCUGACGUUUCUUGCACGUGCAACACCACCAGCAUAGCUGCAGGAUUCCUGGUGCUGUAUUCACAUGGGGUUUGUUUGGGGCCGAAUGGGAAACGGGCUUUGCUUUGCCUCCAUCUGGGAUAACGUAAAUCCUUACCAGGCAACAGGAGGCAUCAAAUGUGAUGCUGUGCACCCCUCGGCAACAGCGGCCGCCCUCCUCUUUCCAGGGCUGCCCUGACCUCCUCGCAUCGCUUCAGAAGAUGCGGCCUUUUCCUUUCGAGUGACUCCUCCUACCUGUAUCACCGCCUCUGGACUUUCUAUGGCUCUCAGCUCCCACGGGACGUAGCUGUUGUCGGCCAUGACUUGAGUCCGCUGGGCAGGUCUGGGGGCUGCGAUUCGCCGCCUCUCGGGGUUUGUACAUCUUUUGAGGAAACGACUUCUGAAUUAAAAGCCGGCGUUUUGGAU